CUGUUAUCUUCGAAGUUCGUCCGCCUUGUUUCGACAGUCAUGCAUGCUAUGAUUGAGUUGGUGCAAACGCCGUUGGACGAGCCUACGAACCACCAUGGCCUCGGCGACGGACAUCCACGAAAAUCGCCAGGAAACUAACCGAACGCUUAGCAUUGCUAUGACGGCGCUGGGCUUGUUUUUCGUGAUCUUGCGACUGCUAGCGCGGUGGAAGAAGGGUCUGUCGAUUGGACGCGACGACUAUACCAUGCUCUUAUCAGUGGUGUUUCUUUUCGCAACCUGCGGUCUCAAUUUGACCAUGAUUCACUACGGCAUGGGACGACAUGCAGCCGUCCUCCCAACUGAGAACGUCAUGACAAUCGCAAAGCUGCUCAUGGCAUUCGAAUGCGUGUACUGCACCACAGUGGGCAUCAUCAAAGUCUCGAUAUUGCUCAUGUACGCGCGCAUCUUCCCCACACGGAAUUUCCGCAUCGCAUCCAUCAUCCUCGGCGGCAUUGCCAUCGGCUGGGUCAUCGCCAUCAUCUGCGUGAGCGUAUUUCAGUGCGACCCGAUCGCGAAGGCCUGGAACCCGAGUCUGCCGGGCACCUGCAUCAACCUCAAGGGGUCAUUUAUCGGCAACGCAGUACCGAACAUCGUGACCGAUGUGGCAAUCCUUUCGUUGCCGGUCCAUGCAGUCUGGGGUCUGCACGCAUCCCUCACGCAUCGGUUGUCGGUGAUUGCGAUAUUCUUGCUGGGCAGUUUCGUCGUAUUUACAAGUGCUUACCGGUUCUCGACGCUCUUCCAAUUCGAGCCCGCCGAUACCACCUGGACACUGGCCAAGGCCUGUACGUGGUGUCUGAUCGAGUGCUCAAGCGGGAUCAUCUCCGCGUGUCUCCCGACGCUGCGGCCGCUGUUCGUGGCGCUCUCGUCCAAGUUCGCCAGUAGCGUGGGCACUUCGCGCGGACGCACCACCGGCACCAGUGGAAUCAAGGGGUCUGAGCUGCAGAGCUUCGACGGGAUGAACCCGGUACUGCGACCGGCAAAUGAGUACCUGGCCAAGCAGCAGGUGUCGCUGCAGGUGAGCCGGCGGGACACCGCGUCAGAGGAUGAGGUGCCGUUGAAUACGAUUCGGGUCCAGCGCGAUAUCUCCUGGCAGGAGACGCGGAAGAUUAGUAAUUCCCGACGGUGGAGAUGAUUUACCUCGAUGUUUUCGAGCACAAAUAGAUUUGUUAUUAUAAGAUACGUGCAAAUGGAUGUGUAUAAAGGAUAUAUCAGGAGUUGG